AUGUCCAGCUGCCCUAGCAAGCUCUUCAGCAAGCUCUUUGGCGAAAGAGUAACUGAAGCUACUGCCCGCCCAAGCGUCGUCGACGUGUUGAUCGCUGGUGCUGGCCCGAUUGGUCUUUUAGGCGCCGUUGCGCUCGCUCAGAACGGCGUCUCUGUCCGCAUCGUCGAAAAACAGUCCAGUUUCAACAUCGGACAACGUGGCGCCAAUAUCAUGCCCCGCUCUCAAGAGGCCUUCCACUUCCUCGGCGUUCUGAACGACUUUCUGAAAGUAGCCGGCCCCGGAUAUGGCGACAUGAGGCUCUACGAUCCUGAAGGCAAGGUGGUUAAGGACACAGUCUUCAGGGAGAAGUCAGAGGCGACGCCGGAGAUACCCAUCCCCAACCCUAUUGCUAUCGGUCAGAACACGCAUGUUGAGAUCUUGAUGAAGCAUCUGAAGGCGCUUGGCGUCGAAGUCGAGUUCGCCACGGAGAUGGUCGGCUUUGAUCAGGACGAUGCUGGCGUGAACGUUACACUCAAGACUGGAGAACGCGAUGAGAAGGUCAGGGCGUCAUUCUUACUCGGCACGGAUGGAGCAAAAGGUAUCACGCGGCGUACAGUUGGCAUACAGUUCGUCGGGAGGACAGACGAGACGAAGGCUGUGAUCGGCGACUUCGAGCUCUCCGAAGGAGGGGACUCAGCCCCUCUCGACAGGAGCCUCAUGCAUAAUUUUGCUGACGAAAGGAAGAACCGCAUCGUCGCUCGCCCUGUUCACGAAGACGAACAGCUCUACUUCUUCCUGAUGACCGGUCCCGACCUCGAUACGCAUCGCAUGGCCACCGACGUCGAAUACCUGCUCGAGGAGAUACACCGCAUCACGAAGUGCAACACCCUCGAAGUGCCUAACAUUCGUCACAUCGCAGAGUGGCGGCUCAACGAACGAGUGGCUGAUCACUUCAGGGUGGGCCGUGUCGUCAUCGCUGGAGACGCGGCGCACUGUCACAGUCCGACUGGUGGGCAAGGCAUCAACAGUGGCGUUCAGGACAUAAUGAAUGUCACAUGGCGCCUAGCCUCGAUCGUCAAAGGCCUCUCGCCGCUCUCUCUUCUGGACUCCUACGAUGAAGAACGUAUCCCUGUCAUCCGCGAGAUGCUGCGGAUGACAUCCAAUCUCGCUCAGCUCGUCUUCAAGGCCGGAGACGACAACGCCUGGCACCGCCCGCUCUCGGGCCGUCAGCUGGGCGUGCACUACCGCUGGAGUUCGAUCGUACUCGACGAGCUUCGCGAGGGGGAGGGCGAGCUUGUGCUGGAGAGCACGAACAUUGAACCUGAGGACGUGUAUGGAUCUGACACGCCGGACCGGAUUCACGCUGGUGAUCGCGCGCCUGAUGCACCGGCACUCGUGCACCGUCAGACAGGCGAGGAAACGCGGCUUUUUGACAUCCUCAAACCGAUCCAUCAUACCAUCAUCGUCCUUGCCCCGGUCGUGCUCAACGAUGUGCUCGCGGCCAUUGCGAAGUACAAGGAGGGCAGCAUUCACAUUAUCGCCGUCGUUACUGAAGCCGAUCAGACGCCCAGCGCCGAGGUUGAUCUGUACACCGACACACACGGGCAUGCUCAUCGCGCAUACAGUGCAGCUUUGGGAGUGAAGAUCGUCGUCGUUCGUCCGGACGGCGUGGUCGGAGGGCUGCUGAAGGGCGCUGAGGGAGUGAUCAAGUACUUCGACAAGGUCUUCAUUUGA